AUGGUCGGAUUGAAAGCCCUUUUCAAAAAGAAAGAACCUACUGACACGAAAGAAAGAAGAAAAUCUGUUGCAGUGCUGAGUUCUCCAAGAGGUGUACCUCCAAUUCUCGUACAAACAGAAGGAGAAAGCACAACAGAAACAACAACAUUGGAAAAUCACAACACAAAAGUGAAAACUCCAAGACGUGUCACAACAGCUGUUGUCGAAAAUCAUCGUGACAAACAAGUUCAAACAACUCCUCCACAUCAUCUAGCUCCUGGAAACCCUGUCAAUGUUGAGAGGUCACCAAUUUCAAGCGAUAAGAAACCUUCACGAAGAAGACAUCAAAAACGUCGAAAGAGUAUUUUCGAUUUUUUCAAACAAAAAAAGGAUUUGGAUGAAGAAAGUGAUGAAGAGGACGACGAAGACUUUGAGAAUGCUUCCAAUGUAAAAAUGUCACAUCCUCAAGUUCAGGCAUUAUCUCUGGGUGCAUUGAAAACACGAACUGAGGAUAGUUCAAAUUCCGAAUUGGAGAAAAGCUCUCAAUCUCAUCAUGAAGAGAGUCAACAACAUCAUCAUGAACGCACAGUUUCUGAAGAGAGAAUUGCAUUGAGAAGAAGAAGCGGUAGAAAAUCAUAUACAUUGGCCAUGGAUGUGCAGAAUAUGGCCAUGAAUGGAGAUGAAGAUGCAAAAUUAUUGCUCAAAUUCUAUAAGGAUGCUUACACACGAGAGUCACAAAUUCAGAAAAACAAAAAUGUCGGUAAAAUUGUCGAAGAUUUACUGAACUUUGAAAAGAAGAAGAGUGUUGGAACUCCAAGUGCAGAAAAAGAGCAAAACAACUCUCAUUCAGAAACAACGACCUCUGACGAGCAGCAACAUCAUACAACAGCAGUCGAUGAAGCAUCGACCGAUGAAGAUUCCAUGACCAUUCAAAUCAGUGGAACUUCCUCAACUACUACUUUCAACUCUUCACAACUCAAUACAGAUGAGCAAUCCACGACUCCAACCUCGACUUGUGUGAAUUCCUCCACAAGUGCAUGCUCUCCAACCAUGUCUAAUAGUUCACGAAAAGAUUCUGUCUCACCUUCUACUCAUCUCCCAACAGGUUUAACAGAUUCUCAAUUGAAUUUGUAUCAAAAAUUGAAAGCAAUUUCGGAGAGAGAAGAACGUGAAAGAGAAGAACAACACCAGAGAGAAAUUGAAGAGAGAUUGAAAAAACAACGAGAAUUAGAAGCUAAAAUGAAAUCCAUGUUAGAAAGUGAUGACUCGGAUUUGAGUGAAGACGAUGACGAAACGGAAGAGAAAUCAAAAGAAAAUUCCUCAUCCAUCCAUCCUUCCUCCACUACUACUACUACUACCACUACCACUUCUGAAACAAAUGUCACACAAUUGUCCAAUUCUGACACGAACACUUCUUCCACAGAAUUCAAUUCUGAAACCUCCAAUCUCUCUGAUUCUGCACUCUUGUUACAACAACGAAGAAAACAAGAAGAAUUAGCUCUGGAAAAAUUGAAACAAGACCAAGAACAAGAACGUCUCGAACAAGAGCGAAUCGAAAAGGAAAAAUCUCUACAACUCGAACAAGAACGAAUUCAAAGAGAUUUAGAGUUGAAACAACUCGAAGAAACAAAACGAAGGGAAGCAGACGAAUUACGUCGAAAGAAACUUGCUGAAGAGGAAGAAGAACGAAAAUUGAAACAACAAAUUGAAGAGGAAAGAUCAUCACUUUCGUCACAACUGACACAACUGUUAGCAGAAUUUAAUGAAUCUGGAAAAUUACAAGAGUGGAUUCGACAUGUAGAAUCGAAAAUGCAUCUAGUGACCUUGUUAAAAUCAGAAUUGAAACAAGCCAAAGAUUUACAACAUAAUCAAACGUCGAAACGAACGGAAUAUAAUUCGAGUUUGAAUUUCCUUAUGGAUAAACAAAAAGAUCCAGAAAAAUUGUUACAACCCUAUGAAAUUGAACUCAUGAAAGAACGUGUCAAGAAUAUUUAUCCAUUGUAUUUACCAAAAUCAGAAAUUACAAAAAUGGAAGAACAAAUUUCACAAAUUGAGAAUACAGAAAAGAAAAAACGUGAAGAACAUCAACUCAAGUUGGAGCAAGAAGCUGCUGAAAAGUUGCGAAAGGAAAAGGAACGCCAACAAUUAAUCAUUCUCCAACGAUUAAUUAAGGAUGGAAAUGUCAAAGUAAUUUCUGAUGAGCUGAAACGUAAUAAUCCACUCCUUCGUUCCGUUAAUUUACAAAAUAAGAACAUUUCAAAUGAUGAAGUGUAUGACCUGGCAGAUGCCCUCGUCGAGAAUACAUGUCUCACUGAAUUGGAUCUCUCCUUCAAUACACGAGUUGACGACGAAUGUAUGGACGCUUUGGUGAGAAUUGUCAAGAAUAAUCAUACUUUGAGGAAACUGUACUUGGAAGACACGUUCAUACAGAAUAAUCAACCUUUGAUUGAUGCUGUGGCUAGUAAUUUCAAGUUGGUCGACAUGGUACUCUCAGAAUUUGCCACUGACGACCAAUUGGAUCAGCUUGACAUGUAUUUGGACAGAAACGAAGCAUUGUAA